GUCAGUUUUUCUUCGUGGUGUUUGUUCGGUACGACGCGUUGAAGGCAGUGAAAUUUCUGGAAAUUAAGUGGAAAAUACGGUAAAAAUCUUUACAAAUAUAGUGUAGUUUUGGGCACUGACGCCAAAAGUUUGUUCUGAAACCAUUUUCUUCCCACAGUUGAGUGCUACUUUUUGCUGGUGCAUCAUUUAUAGUGUUGUGUAGUGGCAACUGCAGAUCGAAUUAAAACUUGUGCAAUUUAUCAAGUGAAAGCUCGGUGGUGAAAAGUCCAGGAUGGCGAGUCCCUCGCCAGUAAACAGUCCUAUGCCUCCGCCCCAGGCACCGAGUCCAAUGGGGCCGCCUUCGCAGAGCCCCGCUCCAUCUCCGUCGCCGCAUAGUCCGUAUCAACCGCCGCCGGGGCCACCUCAAGGUCCACCGCAUAUGGCGCCGGGCCAGGGUCCGCCCCAUCCGCAUGGCCCUCCGGGACCGCCGCAAGGAGGACAAGGUGGGCAUAUGCAAAUGCAGGGCCCCCCUCCGCAGCACGGACCUCAACCACCAAAUCCCCACGGACCUCCACCACCCCAGCACGGUCCGCCGCACAUGAACGGUCCUCCCCCACCGCAAGGUCCAGGUGGGCCGCCUCCACCGCAUCAUAUGCAGGGCCCCGGUGGUCCCGGAGGACCGCCCGGUCCGCCACCGCAGCAUAUGCAGCAGCAUCCACCGGGUCCGCCCCAUCCGCAGAUGGGGCAGCAUGGAGGACCGCCCCAAUCGCAGCCUCCACCACAUCCGGGAAUGCCGCCCCACCAGGGACCGCCGAUGCCUCCCGGGAUGGUUCCCGGGGGUUACCCACCCCACUCGAUGCCGCCGAAUGCGGGUCCUCCACCACCGGUUCCGAUGCAACCAGGAGGUCCUCCAGGCCCGGGCCCCAACAUGGGUGGCCCCGGAGGGCCCAACAUGAUGCCCGGUGGACCACCGCCUCCACCCGGACAGGAGAAUCUGAACGCUCUCCAGCGAGCCAUCGAUUCCAUGGAAGAAAAAGGCCUGCAAGAAGAUCCGCGCUAUUCCCAACUGUUGGCCCUGCGUGCCACUUCCAAGCAGCAGAAUUUAAAUGCGUCUCAACUCCAUCAGCUGCGUGGCCAAAUCAUGGCCUACAGAUUGUUGGCACGUCACCAACCCAUCAGUAAGCAACUGGCAUCGCAGAUUCAAGCUCAGCGAUCCGACGGAACGCCACCGCAAUGUCCAACUCCUCCGGCUAGUCCAUAUCCGGGUGGUCCACAGGGAGGCCCAUCACCGCAACCGGGAAUGCAACAACAACAACAACCGCCCCAGCCAGGGCCACCACAGGGACCACAGCAGGGUCCUCCCGUUGUACCGCCAGGUAAAGUCGGCCCACCAGAACCAGGAAAGCCAACUGCCGGUGGAAUGCCACCAAAUCAGAGCCCCAUGCCGGGAAUGACCAUGGGAGGCCAACAGCCACCUCACCAACAACAGAUGGGCCCUGGCCAACCACAACGUCCAAGCUCGCAAGGACCGGCCGGAGCAGGACCUCGCCCAGCAGCUCAGGCUCCCAUUGUCCAACCGAUUCAGAAGCAAAACCGAGUCACCACAGUGGCCAAACCCGUCGGCCUGGAUCCAAUCAUCAUUCUGCAAGAGCGUGAAAACAGAAUGGCUGCCAGAAUCGCCCUAAGAAUGGAGGAACUCAGCAACCUUCCGACUACGAUGCCAGAAGACAUACGAAUCCAGGCUCAAAUCGAGCUUAGAGCUCUGCGAGUACUGAACUUCCAACGUCAACUCAGAUCUGAAAUCGUCCAGUGUACCAGACGAGACACAACUCUGGAAACGGCUGUCAAUGUCAAAGCCUACAAGCGUACCAAACGUCAAGGAUUGCGCGAGGCCCGAGCUACCGAAAAACUUGAGAAACAACAAAAACUCGAAGCGGAGCGCAAGCGUCGCCAGAAGCACCAGGAAUUCCUCGCUUUGGUCCUGCAGCACGGCAAGGACUUCAAGGAGUACCACCGCAACAAUGUCGCCAAGCUGGGCCGUCUGAAUAAGGCCAUCAUGAACUACCACGCCAACGCCGAGCGCGAGCAAAAGAAGGAACAGGAACGCAUAGAAAAGGAACGUAUGCGCCGUCUGAUGGCCGAGGACGAAGAAGGUUACCGAAAGCUUAUCGAUCAGAAGAAAGACAAGCGUCUGGCGUUCCUGUUGUCGCAGACCGACGAAUACAUCGGCAACCUUACCGAGAUGGUCAAACAGCACAAGGUGGAUCAGAAAAAGAAGAAAGACGACGAGGAACAGCGAAAGCGUCGCAAGAAGCGUAUGGUGUUGGAGAGCGGAGACAUUCAGCAUCUGGAUACGGACUGCGAAGCACACGAUUGUCGUGUCACGGUCGUUGAGACGGCUUCCGGAAAGACAAUCGGCGGGGACGAUGCCCCUUAUUUGCGCGAUUUGUACAACUGGUUGCAGAUACAUCCCGGAUGGGAGUAUGUUAUCUCGGACGAUGAAGACGACGAUGACGAUGAAGAUUCGGAUGAGAAGAGAAAGAAGAAAGGAGAGGACGACCUGGCGGAUAAUAACAAAACGAAGGAGGUCAUUCAAAAGGCGAAGGUUGAAGACGAUGAGUAUAAGACAGAAGAGCAGACCUAUUACAGUAUUGCGCAUACCGUUCACGAGAAGGUCACGGAACAAGCUUCAAUUUUGGUCAACGGAAAACUAAAAGAGUAUCAAAUCAAGGGUUUGGAAUGGUUGGUCUCUCUGUUCAACAACAAUCUGAACGGAAUUCUCGCUGAUGAGAUGGGUCUGGGCAAGACGAUCCAAACAAUCGGUUUGGUAACCUACCUGAUGGAGAAGAAGAAGAACAACGGACCCUACCUGAUCAUUGUUCCGUUGUCCACCCUCUCCAACUGGGUGUUGGAAUUCGAGAAAUGGGCUCCCGCUGUCGGAGUGGUAGCUUACAAGGGAUCCCCAGCCGGACGUCGUGCAGUCCAAAACCAAAUGAAGGCCACCAAGUUUAACGUCCUGUUGACCACUUACGAAUAUGUCAUCAAGGACAAAGCUGUAUUGGCGAAGAUCUCCUGGAAGUACAUGAUCAUUGACGAGGGUCAUCGUAUGAAGAAUCAUCACUGUAAGCUGACACAGGUCCUGAACACGCACUACACGGCCCCACAUCGUCUCCUCCUGACCGGUACUCCGCUUCAAAAUAAACUUCCGGAGUUGUGGGCUCUCCUCAACUUCUUACUGCCGUCUAUCUUCAAAUCUUGCUCCACUUUCGAGCAGUGGUUCAAUGCUCCUUUCGCCACCACCGGUGAGAAGGUCGAGCUGAACGAAGAAGAAACCAUUCUUAUCAUUCGUCGUCUGCACAAGGUUUUGCGUCCCUUCUUGCUGCGUCGUUUGAAGAAGGAAGUCGAAUCGCAGCUGCCAGACAAGGUCGAGUACAUCGUUAAAUGCGACAUGUCCGGACUGCAACGAGUGCUCUACAAACACAUGCAAAGCAAGGGAGUUUUGCUAACGGAUGGAUCUGAGAAGGGAAAUAAGGGCAAGGGAGGCGCUAAGGCCCUGAUGAACACGAUUGUUCAGUUGCGUAAGUUGUGUAACCAUCCAUUCAUGUUCCAACACAUUGAAGAGAAGUAUUGCGACCAUAUUGGAGGUCAGGGCACAGUUUCGGGUCCGGAUCUGUAUCGUUCGUCUGGCAAGUUUGAGCUGCUGGAUCGAAUUUUACCUAAGUUGAAAGUGUCCGGUCAUCGUGUGUUGCUCUUCUGUCAGAUGACCCAGUGCAUGACCAUCAUCGAGGAUUAUCUUUCGUGGCGUGGAUUCGGAUACCUCCGUCUGGAUGGUACCACCAAGGCUGAGGAGCGUGGCGAUUUGCUGAAGAAGUUCAACUGCAAGAACUCUGAAUACUUCGUGUUCCUGCUGUCCACCCGUGCCGGUGGAUUGGGAUUGAAUCUGCAGACGGCCGAUACGGUCGUCAUCUUCGAUUCGGAUUGGAAUCCGCAUCAGGAUUUGCAGGCGCAGGAUCGUGCCCAUCGUAUCGGUCAGAGGAACGAGGUGCGCGUGUUACGUCUCAUGACGGUCAACUCAGUUGAGGAACGUAUCUUGGCCGCUGCUAGGUACAAGUUGAACAUGGACGAAAAGGUCAUCCAGGCCGGUAUGUUCGAUCAAAAGUCCACCGGUAGCGAACGUCAGCAGUUCCUGCAGAGUAUUCUGCACCAAGACGAGAUGGACGAGGAAGAAGAGAAUGAAGUACCGGAUGAUGAAAUGAUCAAUCUGAUGAUUUCUCGCAACGACGACGAGCUGGAACUGUUCAAGAAAAUGGACGCCGAGCGGAAGGCAGAGGAAGUCAAACCCCGUUUAAUCGAUGAAUCGGAACUGCCCGAUUGGUUGGUAAAAGAAGAAGAGGAAGUCGACCGAUGGGAUUACGAGGAAGACAAUUCUAUUCUGGGGCGAGGAUCGCGUCAGCGCAAGGAAGUGGACUACACGGACAGUCUAACCGAGAAGGAGUGGCUAAAGGCCAUUGACGAUGGUGCCGAUUUCGACGAGGAGCUUGAAGAAGAAGAACGCGAGAAGAAGCGUAAGGGCCGCAAGCGCAAGAGUCGUCGUGAAGAUUCCGACGACGAAAGCGUUAUUUCUACAGUGACGAAGCGCAGGAAGGGAACCACCGCUCCCAAGGUUAAGAAACAGAUGAAGAAGGUUAUCGACGCUGUAAUUAAAUACACCGAUCCCGACGGUCGAGUAUUGAGCGAACCAUUUAUGCGGCUUCCGUCGCGGAGGGAUCUGCCCGAUUACUACGAAGUCAUUAAGCGGCCCAUCGACAUUAAAAAGAUCGUAACACGAAUCGAAGAAGCCAAGUACGCCGAUUUCCCAGACUUAGAAAAAGACUUCUUCCAACUCUGCCAGAAUGCACAGAUAUACAAUGAGGAGGCGUCCCUCAUCUACGAAGACAGUUUGGAACUGCAGCAAAUCUUCACCACUUCGAAGCAGAAAGUACUGGAAGCAGCCGAUGAGGAUGACUCCGAGGAUGACGACGAUGACAACUCGGACGAGGAGUCCGGCAGCGUCAAGAUGAAGUUGAAGAUUUCCAAAGCUGGAACGUCAUCGUCGAUGUCCGCAUCGAAGCCGAAGGGUACGCCAGGGCGCAGGAAACGCUCCCAGAAGAAGUACACCAUUUCGGACGAUGACGAUGAUGACAUGGAUUAAGAUAACUAGUUUUUAGGCAACUAAAAAUAUGGCAUUGCAUGCUACGUAUUUAAUCAAUUAUCGUUAUCGGCGAGAUAAUUAAUAUGUGUAGAGUGUAACGUUUACUUAUUGUGGGUAGUCUUAUAGCAUAACUUAUUAUUCAAUGGGUUAACUAUGACUCAAAAUUUAUCGCAAUUUUAUGAAAUUGAUUCCUUACUAACAUAAUCUUAUCAUGCACAAUAGUUUGGUUAAUGUUUUAGCUUACUCUACUAGGAUCAACUGUUUAAGAUUUUUUUAUUUGCAUUGAUUGCCCCAAUAUUUAAUCACUAUCUAUUAUAUAAUCAACAAAAUGUUAUCUGAUAAGAUUAUAUGUGGAUCGAGAGGCAGAAAUAAAUGGAAAAUAAAUUCCUGAUUUAGGCACAGCCAGACUGUGCUUGUUGAUCAGGUUCUGCCUUUCAAAAAACAGGCUUUCCUUAAGAUAUUUGGCCGUCGGAUUACCGACUAUUAUAAUUGGAUAAUUACUAGGCGAUACAAAGCUAGCAAA